CUUGUCUAUUCUGCGUUUCUGGUCUCGUUCGUCUUUGUGCCUGCCGCUCGUUGUGUUCGUUCCUGGGGCUGCGGAAGGGAGACCGGAGAGGUGGUUUAAUAUGUCGUCUUGGGUGAAGGUCACUAGAGGUCAGCCACAGAAACCCCUCGCUGGCAAGAAGAAGCCUAGCUGGAUUCCUCGUCUUCUAGACAUUAAUCCAUACAAGCCCAGCCAGAAGGCCUCCUUCUCAGAGCAGUACAGUAGAGAUUUGGAAGAACAGGAAAGCAUUGAAGAACUUUUUGGGAAGAAACAUAUCUUUACUUCUGGAACAGAGGAAUACUGUGAGAGAUAUCAGUACUCACAAAACAGCAAUCAGUUCAACUCUGAUGAUCGCAGAGAGAAGCUAUAUUUGAAGUUUUAUCAGCAGAUUCAAGAUGAAUACCACAAAGAGAGACCUUCAGACUGUGUGAUUGUUGCUAUCAGCAAGGAUCAGAUGGAGUACGCCACUGCCAUAGGCCAUCGAUUACAGGAUCAUGGCCUUGUGGUGGAGAUGAUAUACUUGACAUCAGAGUCUGGUCUCACACGCGCCCUCCAGGAGGUUAAAAAUGAUGGCUCCCCGUUUUGCAUACUAGUUGAACAGUCAAAUGUAGCUCUGUCCUCUUGCACUGCAAUCAUUCUUCAUGACUCUAUCAAAAUACACCGUAAUAUGCCCAUGGAGGAUGCCCUGGCUCUGGUAGUUAAGGCAUUUGGGAAAAUUUUUGGCGAGCGUGAACAGCAGGAACGUAAUGAGAUUUCACACAAAGCGGCUGAUCUGGCGGAUGACUACCUGGAGAGGGAACUCUAUCAAUCUUACAAUGUCCCUCUGGACAUUAGACACCUUCUCUUCCUCUUAAGCGAUGGCAAAUAUUUAUAUUCUGAAGAGCUGAACUCAAUCAGUGACUACCUGAAGACCAGGAUAACUGAGCUGGAAGGCUUUGAAGAAGCGGAUACCACCGAGAAGUCUAAUGCUUCCUAUGAAAGUCACAGCAGCACUAAGACACAUCUCCUGGAGAAGCCGCCUCCUCUCCUUCCCACUCCUGCCAGGAACUCCUACAUCCCACAGCCCAAACCCGCUUUGCUGGGUGACAGACCUUCAGGCGGAGGGCUCCUUCCAACGCCAGGCUUUAAGAAGACCGAUCACAAGGAUGAUGGCAUCAGCGCUGUGUAUGAAACAAAUAUAUCAACAGUUGGCACUCCUGAUGCUCUGGCCAAGCCACCACCGCUCCUCCCUACCCCGGGAAGGACUCCGCUCAUGGCAAUCGGAAAACCACCUCUCUUAAGGGACAGACCCUCUGCUGGACUCCUCCCUACACCAGGAAUCUCUCCUGCCACAGGUAAACCUCCACCUCUUUUAGCGAUGCCUCCUAAGAGACCACCACUCCUUGGGUUUCCAUCUCACUCACCUGCAAAACGUCCCUUGCUGGGGGACAAACCUGGUCUCCUCCCAACCCCAUCGAUGUCUGUGAACCCCUCUUCACUGCUCUGGCCGCCCAAGCCCAAACCUUUGCUGAAGUAAGGACAGAAGAUCACCUCCUCCCAGUAUCUGUUGUAUACCCAGUUGUACUUGUAAUUCAGUAUUAGAGCAGUGCAGCAGAAUUUGUGGUAUUUGUAAAGUCCCUACAUUCCUAAAACCUUCUUUUUUUUUUUAUUUUAUUUUUUUUAUAUCACAUUCUGUAUACGGUUCCUUCUUAGCAUGUGAGAGUUUGGGAAGCAGAAAGUCAAUUUCAAGUGCAAUGCAAGCCAUCGAGAGAACUACUAUAUUGUUUGUAUAUUUUAUUUUCCUCAUGAUCUUUUCUCGGGAAAGAAUAAAUUUUUUUGUUUGUUUUACAUAUUAUUGUAUGUGAUUUAAUGAAGCUAUUGUUUGUGUAGAAGGGAAAGUUCACCGUUGUAUCGAUUUCACCCUGCUCAGCUUUCCCAUAAGAACAGACACUUAGUGGGUGACCAAUAAGAGAUGGAGCAAACAUGUAAUUUUAUUAAAACGGUGCCUUUUAUUGAUGAA